AUGUUGCAUGAUAGUAGUAUGCUCGUUAUACACUUAUUUCUUGUAUAUCUUUGUCAUUUUUCAUGGUGUUUAUACGACCGGACAAAUAUUAUUGCGGGUAUUAAAAUAGCUGCCAAUGAUGACAUUCUUGUUUCAGCAUCGAAUGCAUUUUCGAAUUUUGCAGUUGCCAUUCAUCCAUUUCGAAAUGUUACUCUUAAUGGAUCGAUACAUUGUAAUAUACGAUAUGGCACAAUCGAUCAAUUCGUUCACAGUGUUGCUGUAAUUGGCAAUGAAAAGAAUAGUUCAACUCUUGGCAUAGUCAAAUUUGUUUUUACUGCAGAGAAAAUGUCAACAAUGACACCGUAUGUCUGCAUUGUCUCGAUAUCUAAAUCAACGUGUAAGAGCACAUUAGAAUGCAAUGAUGUGUAUACACACGGGUUUCCUCAAGAAUACUUUCUGAUUGGCAUUGAUCGUAGUGAGAAAUAUGCGUAUGGUUUUACGAGCUCGUUUGUUUUCAAAUUGAACAUUCAAAACAAUGAAAUCGUUUUGAACCGAACGACAAAUGAUACAUGGCCAUCGUUACAUUUUAUUCCACGUGCUCUCGAUAUCGCCGAUUCAUGGGCUAUGGUUGCUGGCUACGGCUAUGAGAAUUCGAUUGAAAAAGAUUAUCAUGAUCUUGGUUGUCUGAUUGAUCUUUCAGAGUUAAUAAAAUUGUCAUGUAUCUUGCUCAACACCGAAACAACGUAUAUCGUACCAUCGGAUGUUGUCACAUUCAAUGAACUGUAUGAAAUGUCAGUGUCCAUUCGCAAUCAAACCAUAUUGGUUGGUAUACAUCGCUUUGAGUCGGUUGUAGUCUUACAAAAGCACAACAUGUCACUGAGUAUUGUCAAUACACAUACAGUCCAUUUUUCGCACUCAUCGUCGUUUGGCCGCGGCGUUGCGUGGAUUGAUAAUCGAACUUUUGCUGUUCUGACGCACACAACUACUCUGCAAACGUGUGGAUCUCGAUCAAUGAUCUUCAUUUAUAAUGGCGAACUCGUUACGUCCACUUCAGCACUUCAUACUUUUCCCAAUAACCAACAAAUACUUGGAAGCCGACUGUCGAAUCCACAUUUUGUCCGGAUGACUAUCACACCAAAAGGAAAUAUGGUUGUACUAACCGAUCAUGCCGACAUUCUCAUGAUUCCGACUGCUCCGAUUGGUUACACAUCAGUAUGGAUCGACACAUCUGCUCUAAUUUACAGAUUUAGAUACGUCCCAAUGCCGUGUAUUGGAGGUACAUACAAGAAUCAUUCAGGAAUAGGCCCCUGUCGUAUUUGUCCUCCGCGAACACAAAAUCCAGGAAUUAGCGUCAAGCAAGAAAGUAUAUGCGUGCCAUGCUCGAAUUCAUUCUGUCCACUGGGUGCAUCCGCGGACAUCGAUUCGAGUAUAGCACCUUCGUAUAGUCAAGCCGUAGAUUAUCCUGAAACAGAUGAUACAACAGAUAUUGAAGAUAUUUUACUUCAGAACGUAUUUUACAUAGGUUCUGAAUUCCACUGUAUGAUCAUAUCACCGUUACUCUGGACAUUAAUCGUGGGCAUUUUGUGUUCGGUUAUCGGUCUUGCGAUGUGUCUUCUGAAACGAGAUCGGUAUCAUGAAUGGCGAUCCUAUCGAAAUCGUGCGAAAGUCAUUUUUAAACAUACAGACAUUAUUGGCGAAGGAGAAUUAUGGAUUGGCGGUUUAGCGACAUUUGCUGUUGUUGUUCUCGUCGCAUUUUCAUACUGGUUUUCAGCAGCAUUCAUUCAACGUUAUCCGAUCGAACGCAUAUCGGAAUCCGUUCUGUUUGCAUGCAAUCCAUCGUUAAUGAACGCAAAAUUUUCGAGCAGUCUACAGCUCCUUGCAUUGCCAAAAUCGAUUGAUUCACAAGCUAUCUUUAAUUUACUCAAUCAACAAAAAUUUCAGCUAACUCUCGAGCUAGUUAAUACUGGAUUUAUGUGUCGUAAUAUCAAAGCACAGGAGAAUUUCGUCGAUUCAAACUUUAUUCAUUUAUCAAUCGAAUGCACUCGACCGACCUCAAAUGCUACGACUUCAGUCUCAUUUCAAUUGCCAACACAUUCGUCGAAUGUUCAAAUUAAUAUGAGUGGACCACAUUGGAUUGGUGGUUUUCGUUUAUGCAUUCGUGGUGAUGGUGUAGUCGACGGAAGCAGUACACUGCGUUCACUCGAUUUCUGUCANGCAACAAUCCAUGUUCAAUAUACUUCUUAG